UGCAAUCCGAUUAAUUAGGACCCUCAAAAACACACUUGUUGGUAUCCAAAUUAGAAAGCUUCAACAAAAACCAAAAAUGAAGAACACUACACCUUUUCUAAUAAUCUCCCUUCUUAUUCUUCUUCUUGUUGUUUUUCCUAUGAGAUUUUCUUCAUUGGUGUUCAUUCUAAUUAUGUUUGGUAUUAAUGGGGUAUUUUACAUGUUGUAUAAUACUCUAUGGUUAAAGUCAUCAGAGAGACUUAGAUGGAAACUUAAGAAACAAGGCAUAUAUGGUCCAAAACCAUCAUUUUUAUAUGGAAAUGUUGCUGAAAUGCAAAAGAUCCAAGCUGCAUCUCCCAACAAUAAUAAUGUUUAUGCUGAAUGUGUAGCACAUGAUUAUACUUCUUCACUCUUUCCCUACUUUGAACAAUGGCGAAAAAUAUACGGUCCUGUAUUUACAUAUUCAACUGGAAACAAACAACAUUUGUAUGUGAACCAACCAGAGCUAGUGAAGGAAAUGAACCAAAGUAUUAGUCUGGAUUUAGGAAAACCUUCUUAUGUCACUAAGAGACUUGCCCCUAUGCUUGGAAAUGGUAUUUUGAGGUCUAAUGGCCAUAUUUGGGCCAUGCAAAGGAAAAUCGUAGCACCUGAAUUCUUCAUGGACAAGGUCAAGGGCAUGGUGAGCCUGAUGUUGCAGUCAGCAGAGUUAUUAACCAUGAAAUGGGAUGAAAGGAUUGAAGCUGAAGGGGGCAAAAUGGCAGAAAUUAGUGUGGGAGAGGAUCUGAGAAGCCUCUCAGCAGAUGUGAUCUCAAGGGCUUGCUUUGGGAGCUCUUAUUUCAAAGGCAAAAACAUUUUUUCAAAGCUUCGAACUCUUCAAAAAGUCAUAUCAAACACAAGCAUUCUUUUUGGUUCUCCUGCAUUAGGGUUUCUUCCGAGUAGACAGCAAAAGGAGAUUGAGAACUUAGAGAAGGAGAUAGAGUCGUUGAUAUGGGAAGCAGUGAAAGAAAGAGAAAGGGAUCAAUGCUUAGAAACACAUUCAAAUGAGAAAGACUUACUGCAUUCUAUACUCGAGGGAGCUAUCAAUGAUGGCAAUGUAGGUGAGAAUUCGUCAAGGAAAUUCAUAGUUGACAAUUGCAAGAACAUAUACUUUGCAGGUCAUGAGUCCACUGCUGUUGCUGCAUCAUGGUGCCUCAUGCUUCUUGCUCUACAUCCAGAAUGGCAAUCUCGUAUCCGUGAGGAAAUGGCUCAGAUUUGCCCUGAUGGUGUCCUAGAUGCAGAGUCUGUCUCCAAGAUGAAAAUGGUGACAAUGGUCAUUCAAGAAGUGAUGCGUUUAUAUCCACCAGCAGCAUUUGUGUCAAGAGAGGCAUUAGAAGACACACAAAUUGGUCACAUUGUUGUGCCAAAAGGUGUAUGCUUGUGGACCUUGAUCCCGACUCUUCAUCGUGACCCUGAGAUAUGGGGACGAGAUGCCAAUGAAUUCAAGCCAGAGAGGUUUGAAAAUGGAGUUUCGGGUGCUUGUAAAUUGCCACAAGUUUAUAUCCCAUUUGGACUAGGUCCUCGUCUCUGCCUAGGCAGGAAUUUCGCGAUGGUGCAGCUCAAGGUUGUUAUUUCACUCAUUAUUUCAAACUUUCGUUUCUCUCUAUCUCCCAAAUACAAACACUCGCCGGCUUAUAGGAUGAUUGUAGAGCCAGGCCAUGGAGUACACAUUCUUGUUGAGAGAUUGAAGCAAUGUUGACACACUAGAUAUAGUAUGCUUCAACAUUAGUAAA